CGCCACUCGCCCGCCCAACUGAAGACAUUCAGCUUCUCCGGUUUAGUUGAUAUUCAGGGCCCAAAGAAGGGAGCUCGAUUGGAUCUUGGUGUUAGAGUGAGGAGGGAUUUUUUCCCUUUAUUGACAUUUCGGGAAGUGUGAUUCCCAUGUCCCCCUUAGUCUAAGAGGACUGACUACCAGAAAGACUAUUGGAACAUUUGGGUCUUGAAAAGAAGAAUAUCGGCUUAUCGGCCAAAGUUGGAAGUUCCAAGAGUGAGGGCUGGAAAAAAGCCACGACAAACUGUAUUGCUGCAAUUCGGUAGUAGUCGGUCUUGUCGGUCUUGUUUGGAUUGGCAAAGGAGCCCAUGCUGAUUUGCUAAUUGAUGCUGGUGAAAGAAUCGUGACCGGGCAGAAUCAGUGAAGUGUUUGGUCAAGAAUACAACAAUACUGAUCAAGAAAAGUGCAGUUCUAGCCAGUGGCAAUAUCAUUGAGUCCCUUUGGUAUUCUCCUGAAACAAGAGCGUCAAAAAGUGAAACAAGAUCCAAGAUUUCAUCCAUGGUAUACGAUUUCUUUUGAAAUGAGACUCUAAGAUGACAUCCGAGCGAUUUAAACGAGGGAAUCCGUAGCCACCACGCUGACGCCCACAAUCCCUAGGUCUGACGAGUCAUGGACAACGAGUCCUUGAGCUCCGGAGAAUCCGGAGGAGGUGGACCUGGCGGGUCCGAGCUCAACGAGAGUCUGCUCGUCCGGAUAGGCGUGCCCGAGCUCCAUGUGGACAAGUGUCUCCAGUUUCGAAAGGACGACCUCAUUUGGGAGGUUAAGCAACAAUGUUUGGCCGCCUUGCCCAAGGAACUGACUGAGAGUUUCAAUUAUGGUCUCUUCUUGCCUCCAUCCAAAGGCAAAGCCGGGAAAUUCCUGGAUGAAGAACGACGACUUCGAGAAUACCCAAUGGAGGAGCCCAUCGGCUUUUUGGAGCUCAAGUACAAAAGCCGCGUGUACAAAACUCUCCAGAUGGACGAGAAACAAGUGAAGAAUAUCAAUUCCAAGGCUAGUCUCAAGAAAUUCGUCGACCAUGUGAGCAACAACAAUGUGGAGAAGAUCAACAAGAUGUGCGCCAAAGGAUUGGACCCCAAUUUCCACUGCCAAGACUCGGGAGAGACGCCCCUGACCUUGGCCACCGGGGUCAAAUCCAAGACUGCUCGUCUGAUCAUGUCCUUGAUCAACGGCGGGGCCAUCAUCGAUUUCCGCACCAAGGACGGCUCCACGGCCAUGCACUCGGCCGUGAUGAAGAACAAUUGUGAAGCUCUCCGCACAUUGCUCGAUCUGGGAGCCAGUCCCAACUACAAGGAUGCCAAGGGUCUCACUCCGCUUUAUUUGACGGUGACGCAGAGCUCGGAUGUGGACCUGAUGGACACCUUGCUCCAUGAUCAUGCUCAAAUCGGCUUGGCCGACCUUCAAGGCUGGCAGGAAGUGCACCAGGCAUGUCGAAAUGGAUUGCUGCAACAUCUGGAACGGCUUUUGUAUUAUGGGGCGGAGAAGAAUGCUCAAAACGCCUCUGGGAACACGCCCUUGCAUGUGUGUGCCGUGAAUAGUCAGGAAUCCUGUGCCAGAAGUCUCCUGUUCAGAGGGGCCAACAAAGAGAUGCUGAAUUAUGCGGGUCAGACCGCUUUCCAGACCGCCGUCAUUGCCAAUGAUGCCAAGCUCUCUGAACUGAUCCAGAACCACAAAAGCACGGAUGUCAUUCCAUUCAAAGACACGCCAUCCUACAACCCUCGACGACGUCGAGCGUCCUCCGCGGCUGGCGUCGGCGGCGUCGGUGCAGCCUCCAAUUUGGGUGGGAUGUCCUCAUCGUCCUCGCUCUCGCGAUCAGUGUCGGAUGCGGCCUCGAUGAGGAGUGGGUCCAUUCAAAUGGAGUCACCGGCCAUCCUCAGUCUUCGAAGCAACAGCAGUGCCAGUGGGAGUGUUCACAGUGGGCGGAGUAGCUCAGCCUCAUCCUUGAUGAAACCGCCUUCACCUUCACCUUCGGAUCGGAGUAUUCCACCCUUCUCGUCCGGAUCGUCGGUGUCGGAAGUGUCCUCGGGAGGAUCCACCACCAUUGGCAGCACCUCCAGGAACGGAAGCUUGGCCGGUGUCCACGUUUUAGGCUUGGGGGCUCCGAUUAUUGAAGAUGAGCAAUUGGAUUCGGCCUCCACCCUGGCUGCUCCCUACACCAAUGCAGCAGCAGGAAGAAAAGAAACAGCAACAAAAGCAACCGCCGCUACCACCUCCCCCACCUCAUCCAGAGGAAGCAAGGACGUCUCCUGAUGGAAGUUGUAACACUCCAACGCAACAAGGAAAAACCUCCAAGGCCUCUGAACUCGAGCACAUAUUCCCCAGUCACCCGUUUGAGGCCAAAGGCAAAAUCUACUCAAGUGUAGCCGAGAUGAAGCGAUCAAAGAUUGGCAUUAAAUCUCGUUCGGCAGACGGCGAGCCUCCUUCAUUUGGUAGCCAACCCAUUCACAAAGAUUUCCAUUCCUCGCCAGAUUUGAAGGAACUCUCCAAUGUUACGCCCAAUUCCUCAUUCUCAAACAUCAUUGCUGCCGCUUCUCAAGCCAUGAGGAACAAGAGCAAAGAUCGCUCUCGAAGCCAGGAGAGAAUCAAUGUUCAGGAAGAGAACGCCAAGAACUCUUUGCUCAAUACUCAAGUACCCAAGGACACGGGCAACGAGAAUCGUCGUUUCUUCACUCUACCCUCUCGAGGGCGGAAGAAAGAAACGCAUAGUCCUAAAGGAGACGGAGCGAGCAGCUCACCCGGUUUGAAAGUUGAGGGGCCGUCAUUCCCGCCUCCAGAACAUCCUCCUCCACCUCCACCCGUAUCUCAAAUUGUCUCCGUGGAUACCAGUAAAUCACCCGAAUAUGCCCAAGUCUCUAAAAUUGAGUCCCCUACCAAUGCUUUGCCAAGUCCAAGCAAAUCCGAAUCUGGAUCAGGAGACAGUAUCAUGUCGAGCUUUAAGCCGACUGAUAAUGCGAAGCUUUAUGCAUCGCCUGAAAAUGUUCAAAGCGUGGCUUAUAGGGCUAAACAAAUCGAAAGUCAAGCGGUUCAACCCCCAUUACCAGCCAAGAAAAGAUCGCCAACACGAGCCAAUUCCAUGCCACCGCGGCCCAAUCGGCCCCAAGUGCUUCGCCGUUCAAUGGUGACAGAUGCGCCUGUUAGCACCGGGGAGACUGUGGAAACGUAUGCCGUCAAUGGUAGUACUUAUACGACCUACACCACUUUUAGGUCGCCCAUAACUCCUGAUGAAAUGCCUGAAUCGUAUUCCACUCGGGUUUUCCAGCCUGAACCCCUCACUCCAAAUGCUGCCAUUAUGGAACAUACAGAGCCACAUAUUCCGGAGCCCGAUUACGACCUCUCAGAUACCGAGUGUAAUACUAUCCGCAAAGCCACAACCAUGGAACGGAAGAAGAAGAAAUCCGUCAGCUUUGCUCUUGAUGAUGAACAAGCGGCAGUCUUACAGGCAGCCGUCAAGUCAGCACGUGUAGAAUCCAUCUUGAAGGAUGGCUCUAGGGACCGAGGAGGAUCCAGUGGAGCUAAUGAGAAGUUGGACCCCUAUCAUUGCCACCACAAUGUGCCAUUUGAAGGGCGUAGUCUACCUCACCGAAAUGUCGCCACAGCCUUUGUCAAUGAGAAGUAUGCUCGGCCAGUUGAUAAUAUCCCGGAAGUAAAAUUGAAUCGUCAGCCUCUCGAAACCUUUGCACAUCAACCCUCGGUAAGAAGAGAGGAAAAAGUCAGAAUUUCGAUCACUAAUGACGGUCCUUCGAAGGCAGUUAUGGUCAAUCGAUCUAGUAGCCACGCCGGACAUCUCGAUAGGUCAUUAAAUCAGGCUCCCUCAAUCCAGAAAUCGCAGAGUUUCAGUGCAGAGAAACAUAAUAAGGUGGUUAGUUCGAAGAGCCAUUCGUCAAAUCAACCUACGAUGACGACUUCAAGUGGGAUUUCUGCUAAUGAUAUUGCCAAGGCAAGGUCAACUUUAAAGCCUUCCAGGUCUUUCCCUCAAGAAUUGACAACAGAAGAGGGUGAAAAUUCCUCGAGUGGAGUCAGUUCUGAUCAGGAAGUUGGUGGAGGAGGAUCGGAUUCCAGCAAAUUUAUCACUUACCUGCCCGUAGAUGCCUCUCUGGAACCGCCAAACAACGGGAUAACCAAACGAUCCAUUCAUUGGGAUAACGUCUCUGAGAGCUCAGAUGAUGUGUCGGAGAAAUCAUGGGUGUUAAGGGCCGAGCAGGACGACAUUGGACAGAGCAUCGUAUCCAUGAAGAAAAUGCUUCAUCCCAAAUUGGCCGCCAUAUUUGACCAACCAGCCUCGUCAGCCACGCUCCCUUCCAACAUGCAUUUGAAAUCUCAAGUGGCCAGAUCUGUCUCCAUGGGUAGAGGGGAUGGUAAGGCAGAAAAUAAACAAAUGGUCUCUUCCAUGUCUCAAACACCACGAUCCACGGCCCUGGCUCAAAUGGGAUACAGCAGCAAAACUUUGCCAUCUAGGGGUCAUCACAAAGCAACAGCAGGGAAUCCCUAUCACCAAAACCAGCAUCAACACCAUAUUCACGGUCUUCCUUCAGGAACUGAAGAACGCAGUAUUUCUGAGAGUCUGGCACUUAUUCAACAGCACGUGCAUUCGUUGGGUGAGGUCAAUUCACUCAUCAGCACUUCCUCUCAUCCAAAUCAGUCAGAUGUAGGUGCAGUCAUCCCUCCUGUAUUAGCACCACCUCCUGGUUUCUCGGACUCGGAGUCCUUUUCCGAUCACGAGUCCUUGAACAAUGCCGUCACUAAUCGGCGGUUCGGUUUCGGAAAAGUGUCCCAAGCAACUAGGAAUUACUCGAAUCAGACUCUCACCGAACAACUCCGCACAGAGCGAUCGUCCGGUAAACCAUCCGGGUCAAAGAGUCAUCAUCGAAACUCCGCUUUUGUAUCUCGAACCACGGAUUUUGAUCCGUUCAAUUCCGUAAUGAGCAAAAGCGCCGAUUUUGAACAUGGAUUCACAACCACAACGACCAAAAAGUCGAGCAUGAGGUCCAAGCCAUUGAUGGGAUGGACCGUACAAGACGUCUGCUCCUGGUUGGACAACCUAUUCUUGGCCGAAUACAAACCCACUUUCGUCCAGAAUCAGGUGGAUGGACUCAAGCUAUCCAGUCUCACUCGAGGCGAUCUUGAAUCAUUGGGCAUUAUCAAACCUGCUCACAUUCAAGCCGUUGAAAAAUCUCUCAAGAGAAUAUUGGCCUAGGUCAAGUCAUAAACGCGCCAAUGUCACAACAAGAUGCAAUUCGCGCCAUUUUUCUUUGCUGACGGUUUUUUCUGUUUUUCCCGCUUGAGGUUGCGAGAAAACAAAGUUUGAAAAUGUCGCGGGAAUGGCAACCCAAUCUAGUCCCAUGUGAUCUGUUUUUUUUUGGAGAUUGUUUUCUACUGGUUGCAGUUGUCCGCCAAAUUUGCUCUUGUGAAUUAUUAGGAGCUUGAAAAUGAUGCCAAUCCAAUCUACAGUUAUUUUCUAUCGAUCUUCCUGCUCGUGCCAAUUUUGCAAGGUUCCUUUUGCAUGCCAAUAACGUUUUCCAGCAACUAUCGAUCUUGCCCCUCUUGAACUCUUCCGUUGAAUUGUAGUCCCGCGAUGUCGAUCUUGUAAUUUGUAUUCAUUGCAGUGACUUUCCUAAACAUGAUACUGAUUGAUCCUGAUUAUUGUAAGAAUCAACAAUAGUAUGCAAAGAACACACUGUUACUGAGCAAUAAUGGCUGUGAAAAAUCCAUGUCUUUUUCUCCCUGGAACCGUAUCAUCACGUAAGCUAUAAUAAAUAUAGGCGAUUCUUGUUUCACUAACGAA